AUGGGCAAGGAAAACGGUGACGCCGCGGCGAAGACGGACGAGCGCUACGUGCUUCUCGGCAGCCUCCCUCUGCGCCUUCCUCUCCGCGGACCAGUACGAUGGACACGAGCCAGCGAGGGAUUCAAGGACGCCUUGAAGCCGAGAAUAGAGCGUCUAGAAGCUGAAGAGGCGCAGAAGGUAUUGCUAGAAGGAGCAACGAAGAGGAGGGGGAGAACGAAGGAGACCACUGAGCUCGAUGUGGUCCGCGGCCUGCUGUGGAUUAUCGGGGAUAAGGACACGAUGGCGCGGGUUGAGUGGCGAUCGGAAACAGGGGAGGGUGAAGAUCUUGAGGAGCAGGAGGGAACGGAGGGACAGACGAUUGAUCCGACCAUCGACGCUCUCCGACUCCCGGAACGUAAGGAAGAGCCAGCCCACGAGGACAUCGACGCUUGCUCGGACAGCGAUCUCUCAACGCCCCCUUCUUCACCGCCACUGUCACCUUCACUGCAUCCCGUUGUUGUUCCGUCUUCACCUUCGAUCCACCUUCCUCCGUCACUACCUCAUCCUCCUCCCCCUCCGGAGCCAGCUCCCGAGCCAGCGCAACCACCACCUCCGACUCCGCUGUUCGAAUCGCGCGUGAGGAUAUCUUUGCUACCGGCCGACUACGGCUGGAGGAUCAGCCAGCGCCGGGCACAUGCGCUGCGAGCACUCUUCAGUGUGCUGGAUAAGGGCUGGGAGGGCGCUGAGGGGGCACUGCUUGAAGUUUCCACUGCCGACAUCACGGACAUGCAAUCGCUGUACUCGCUGAUCGAGUCGCCACCUGAACCAAGUGUCCCUGCCGAUGCGCAGGGAGACGAGGCAUUUGCGACGCUCGCGGCGUAUGAGGAUCCGGUGGGAGUCAAGACGCCCUUGUACAAGUACCAAAUUCGCUCCGUUUCUCGUAUGCUCCAAAUGGAGACAUACCCCGGGACGAUGGUUGAUCCACGGUACUCUCGUCUACUCGACGCCUCCAGACGUUCCUACUACCUCGACCUGUCAUCCAUGACGAUCCGCCGGUCGCCUGCCCGUUUCGCGCUCUCUCGCGGCGGCAUACUCUGCGAACAGAUGGGCGUCGGCAAGACGCUUAUGUGUCUUGCCCUGAUCCUGGCCAGCCGGCACCAGCCCGUCCGCCCGCCUCAAGGCUUCGGCAUCUCGGACGUCACGAGCGACGUGGCGCUGACGUGGCCGACGGCGGACUCGGCGUCACUCCGUGCAGCCCUCAGUUUGCAUGGGCAGGAGUUCCCUCCUGAGAUGCUGGCCAAAGGAACCCCGAGCCUCGCCUCAUUGUGCGCCGAGGUACUGGCACGUGAGGCACCACAUGCUGCUCGAGUUCACCAAGUGCCCGAGGGGAGUCGAAGAUUGCUCGACAGACAGUGCGUGUAUUACCGCUUCCCGCCGCCUGUGCGGUUGCCCCGUGGCGCGAAGAGAGUGCCCUUCGUUCCCGCCGAGCGCACACUGCUCGCGAACACGACGCUGGUUGUCGUGCCCCAGAUUCUCGUUGGACAGUGGGUUCAGCAGAUUGAGGAACACGUUGAGCCCGGCGCGCUCGAAUUCCUUGUGCUUCAGGACGCAAAGGACGCGAUGCCACCUGUAGAGGCUUUAGCGAAGUACGACCUGACAUCAGACGAGGGCAACAUUGCGAACAACACCAAGAGCGACGCCAUGAUCCUCGCCGAGGCGCUCAGUAUCGAGCGACGAUGGAUCCAAGGGACCGAGACGGCGACCAAGUCGCUCGCCACGUCCGAGGGCAUGAUGCGCGUUCACUCGGCGGCUGAAUCGAGGGCCGGCUCUCGCUCCGAAUCUCGAGCGGUGUCGCAGGCUCGCGACGAGCCUUCUGCCGAGGAACUUCAGAGUGCUCCACCAACCCCACGCUCGUCGACCCGCUGGUCAAAGGCUGAUCUCGACGAUGUCAUCCGCCUGGGAAACAUGUUGAAGGGUUUCCUCGCCGCCGAGGUGUUCCAGGCCGACGAGUUCCGUCGCCUGGUGACGCGGCCGCUGCGAGCGGCCAGCGGGCCAGCAUUCGGCGCCGUUGAGCGGAUACGUUCUAUCAUGUCCCGCGUCAUGGUGAAGCACCGGCCCGGCGUCAUCGACGAGGAAGUCACGCUCCCGCCUUCGCAGCUCGGCGCCGAACUCGUCCCCUUCACCUCUUGGCAGCGCAAGACGUAUAACGCCUUGACGGCCCUCGUUGCGUCCAACGUCUACACCUCGGCGGGAGAGGACGUCGACUUCUUCCUGCAUCCCCGCAACGUCGAGGCGUUCAACCAAGUCGUCGCAAACCUGCAUCUCGCGUGCACAUGGUUCUCGUCUGCGGACAUGGGUAUUGAGGCGGCCCUCGGGCGCACGCAGAAGUAUCUUGAUGGCGACAAGCUGAACGACGCCCAGCGGGCGGGCUGCGAGCAAGCCUGGAUGGCCAGCGGCGAGGCUUCAUUGCCCUACGACUCAGAUUUGCCCGAAGCUGUCAUCCGCGCAUGGGGACAUACCGCCGCCGCGGCUGUUCUCGAUGCUCGGGCGAUGAUGCACGUGAGGACCACGAACCGGCGUGCGGCCACGAUAACUUCUGUCGAGAAGGAAGGCCACGACGACCGGGCGCGCCGCAUCAAGCUCGAGCAGAAGGCGGAGCAGCGAGACGCCAAAUCCACCGCAAAGUCUCCAGCAUCGCCAGUCAAGGCGGACAAGGGCAAAGCGGCCGCCGAGCGUCCCAAAGCUCCGCGCAUCCGCCGUCUCUCCACCGCCACGCACUCAGAUCACGCUUCAACUGACCCGAGCAACGUGGACUCAGCCCUGGACGAGGCAGCAGCCAACGCGGCAGCGAACGCAGCCGCAGCGGCCGAGAUCAGCGACGCGCCCCGGCCUCUCCCUAGCGUCGUCAAGACCCAGUCCCGCAGCGCCAAGAUCAACUACGCCGUGCGCUGCGUCCUCGCCUCAGAGCCUGAAGACCGCUUCGUCAUCUUCGGUGCUUGGGAGGAACUCGCACACCUGACCGAGGCGCUGGACCUCGUCAAGGUCAAGAGCGUGUAUGCAGGUGCUCGUGUCUCGGCCGAUAAGCGCCAGCGCGCCCUCGCUGAGUUCAAAGAGGGCGGUCCGAAAGUCGUCAUUCUCGAACUGAAACAUGCGGCGCGAGGUCUGAACCUGACAGAUGCGAACCGGAUGGUCUUCCUCUCCCCCGUCUGGUCGCUCGACGUGCAGGCUCAAGCGAUCAAGCGUAUCCACCGAAUCGGGCAGACACGCCCUACCCGCAUCGACAUCCUAGUCACAGAGGGGACGUUUGAGGAGGACAUCGUGCGGCGCGAAAAGGCAGCAAGGGGCAGCGAGGACGAGAAGCGCUACUCGCGCGCUUUGAUUGAGACACCGCGAUUUGUCGAUGAUCGACCGGACGAGAGACCGGCAUUCUUCCCCGUUCCCCUCGUUCCUGGACAGAUGGAUCUGGAGGAGGAACGGAUCUAUGCCGCAGCCCUGGCCGAGGUCACUGCGCCGGGAGCCGUGGCGCUCGAGGAGCUGACUGAUCGCCGCCCCGAGGAGCCUUUCUCUCCGUCUGGAUCAGCCACACCAGCGGACGCGGACCCCGUCAAGAUGGAGCUGGACUCCCCCGCUCCAGCCGUGAUCGAGGUUGAGGCUGCCGCGCCGAAACGUGCUCUGCGCUUUGCUGAUGAGGACGAUGAGAUUAAGCCGGCCAAGAAGGCGAGGUUUGUGCCCCCGAGUCCUGGCCCCUUCUCCGGGGCCGGACCAUCCAGGCGAGCCAGGUUCGCCUCUCCGGACACAGCAGAGCCGCCGAAGCGAGCGCGGUUCGCGUCCCCUCCCCCAGUCCCCACUUUUGACUCUGAACCAGACACUCCGACAGCGAGGCGUGUGCGGAUCACCACCCCUCCGCCCGUCAAGCAAGAGUCGGUCGGCGGCGCCAACGACACCCAACCAGCGCUGGGCAGCCCACGCCCACCGCCCUCAGCAUCCGAUGGGCCAGAAGCAGUGCACCAGCACGAGGGCGCCCGUUUCGAAUAG